AUGCCUGCUGGGGUAGCAGCACCACCACCAGUCCACCAUCAGCAGCAGCAGCAGUAUUUAUCGAGGCGUCCAAACAGGCAAAAGACUGGUUUCCACUCCCCUGCCCAGAUAGCCAUUCAUCCAGAAACCCUUCCACAGAAACACGAUGAACUAACACUGUCAAAACUAAAGAACAAAACGCUGUUAUUCUGGGACUGGAAUUGGAAUCCUCUUGGAUCAAAGUUCUACGACUUAAUGGAGGUGAGGCAUUGUCCAGUGAAAGCGUGCAAACUUACAAAAGACCGGAGUUUGGUGAAACAAGCAGACGUGGUAUUUUUUCUAAAUGGGCAAUCCACCCCAAAGACAGGUCCAACGUACCGUCACCCUAGCCAGCGGUGGGUGUGGGUGGAGGGGGAGAGCCCCUGCCACUCCCGGCCGCUUGACAAAUCAUGGGAUGGACUCUUCAACUGGACGAUGGUUUACCGCGCAGAUGCAGACGUCUUGUUACCGUACACAGAGAUAGCCAAGAGAGACACUCCUAUCAAAAAAGAUUACCUUAGUGUUACUAAAUCGAAAAGGAAACUGGUGGCAUGGAUGGUAUCCAACUGCAAAACACCUUCACGCCGCAUGGACUUUGUAAAAGAACUCCAGAAAUACAUAGAAGUGGAUAUAUAUGGAGCGUGUGGUCCCCUGAAAUGUCAACGGUCUGGUAGUUGGGGGUGGGAUACCACGUGUUUGGACCUCUUAGCGAGAGACUACAAAUUUUAUCUAGCGUUCGAAAAUAGCAUAUCUCUAGAUUACGUGACCGAAAAGUUUUAUAAAACCGUGAACAUAGAUAUUGUAGCCGUUACUCGCGGGAAUACAGACUACACUCGAGCAGGAAUCCGUCCUGAAUGGCAUAUCAACACCGAUGACUUCAACUCACCUAAAGAAUUAGCUGAAUAUUUACACAUGCUUGAUAAGAAUCCAGAAAAAUACGUCAAAUAUCUUGAGUGGAAGAACGAGUAUCGUCAGUUUCCAGACCGUGCUUUCUGUCACCUCUGUGAACGCCUGCACUUUCAAGAGGAGCCGCCCAAAUCUUACAGCUGGGAUGAAUUAAAUGCAUUUUUCUGGAAAGACCAUUGUCUCCCUCCAACAGAUAUAUAA